UAAACUCUGACGGCGGCAAUUUCAGCCGGCGACGAACUCCAUUCCGCCGCAGUUUACGUUUUGUUCAGUGUUCAGUCCAAUUCAGUCGGCAUCGUGAACUCGACCAAGUCGCGCACCACCAAUGUCGCGAAUUAUGUAUACUACUUUCGAUUAGAUCUCAAUACAACCACCAAGAAUAAAAACAUAAACAAAUUACCAAAAAAACUUUUUAAAACAAAACAAAAACUUUUGUAAGAGUUACGAGUUACGAAAAGUCCGAAAAGUUUUUAACAUGGAGACAGAUCAAUGUUUAAAAGAGUCACUAAUGGUGCCCGAUUGCAUGAACGGAUUUAGCAAUCACAGCAGCACGGAAAAACUUAAGUUGACUUAUUUGGCGCAAUGCACGCCGGUGGACAUCGAGUUUCAUGACUUGUGCUACUCCGUACCGCUGGGCAAAAAAGGUACCAAACAAAUCCUCCACAACAUCAGCGGACAAUUCAAAGCUGGUCAUUUGGUGGCCAUCAUGGGUCCUUCAGGUGCUGGCAAGAGCACCUUAUUAAACAUUUUAGCUGCUUAUAAAAUGUCUGGCACCACCGGCACGGUGUUAAUCAAUGGUGAACAGAGGAAUAUUCGUAAUUUUCGUAAAAUGUCACGGUAUAUAAUGCAAGAAGAUGUUUUACAACCGCUGCUAACUGUUAAGGAGCUCAUGUUUCUUGCAGCGGAUUUAAAACUUGGAAGUCAUACAACUUCGGAACAAAAACGGGCUGUUAUCAAUGAAAUUGUCGAGCUGUUGAGUUUGACAAAAACCUUGAGCACGCGAACGGAACGACUUUCCGGCGGCGAAAAGAAACGUCUCUCUAUUGCGCUGGAACUCAUCAACAAUCCACCAGUGUUAUUUUUAGACGAGCCAACAACUGGUCUAGAUGAUACGUCCAGUCAUCAUUGCGUGCAACUAUUGAAAACACUAGCGGAAGGCGGACGUACAAUAAUCUGUUCCAUUCAUACGCCCAGCGCGAAACUAUUCGCCACUUUCGAUAAUGUGUACGUCCUCGCUGAUGGCUACUGCGCUUAUCAAGGAUAUGGCCCCGAUGUUGUGCAAUACCUCAUCAAUGUGGGUCUGCAAUGUCCAAAACAUUUUAAUCCAGCUGAUUUUAUAAUUGAAGUCUGCAGUGGUGAUUACGGUGAUCAUCUCUCAAGUUUAACAAAAGAGUCCGACAAUGGCCGCAGUAUUGCUUAUUACAAGCGUAAUAUUCUUAAUGAUAACAUCUCCAACGGUAUUGUACAGAAUAAAGAAUGUGAUGAUUUAUCAGAGGAUAAUCCUUAUAAAGGUACAACGACGCCAUUGGAACGCUCGUCGUCAUUUUCACAGUUUUGUAUCUUGUUGAAACGAAUGUGGAUGCAGAUGUAUCGAGAUAACGGUUUUAUAAUAUUGCGUUUUGUUGUGACUGUUUUCAUUGCAUUAACCAUGGGAAAUUUGUUCCUUGGAAUGGGUAAAGAUGGCUCUAAGACAAUUUUCAUUUUUGGUUUCUAUUACAUGGUUAUUAUCAUGUACCUUUACAUUCCAAUGAUGCCCGUGUUAUAUUCAUUUCCAACUGAGAUCCAAAUGGUGAAACGUGAGACGUUCAACAAAUGGUAUCAGAUCACGCCGUAUUUUAUCGCGUUGACCAUAUCAACAAUUCCAAUGACACUGAUCAUGGGAGUCAUAUUCAUUCCGAUUGCGUUCGCUCUCAUAGACCAACCGAUGGAACUGGAUCGAAUGGCGCAGUUUUACUGCGUGUGCAUGCUUACAGCUUUAGUGUCCGAAUCGAUCGGACUAGUGAUAUCAUCACAUAUGAAUAUUGUUAAUUCUAUGUUUGUGGGACCAGUGAUAGCGGUUCCUAUGAUGCUCCUCGCCGUCUACGGCAUGGGUUACGGCGUGGGAGCACAAGUACCCUUCUUUAUGGAAAUAAUAAUGCACUUUAGUUAUCUCCGAUACGCGCUCGAAGGUCUAAUGGCGUCGAUGAGUCAAAACCGCGAAUUAUUACGAUGUCCCGAAACCGAAGAACUGUGUUUAUUCCGUAAUCUAGACAACUUCUCAGUGUUUAUCAACGUACCAACCAACAAGUAUUGGAUCGACGUCGCUGCGCUUGUCGGAAUGUUUAUUUUCUUCCGCUGUGUGUGUUUCUACCUGCUGCAGCAACGUCUCCGGCCUAGCAAAGCAUUCAGAACAUUGAAAUUCGUUAUCAAGACCGUCCUCAAUCAGUUGAGCGAAUGACCUGCGACGCGUUUGUUUAUUGUUGAUCAGUAUGUAGGAUCUAUGUUACUUAUUUCUUAUUUUAUAUAUAACGCCCAUUUGUGUGUUAUAUUUAUUACCAUGUACAGAUUUAAACGGCCCUGUGGUCGAUGGUGGUAUUUUACCAAAUUGAAUUCACCAAAAUUACUUCAUAUGUAUACUAUUUUUUAUAAAUUCACUUUUUUAUCUACUUAAUGAUUGUAAUAAAAAAAGAAUAUAAACACAGUAUCAUCUAA